CAUACAUCCAUUUCGAUGACCUAAUUCCAUCAAGAGGAAGAAGGUGCUGCAACUGCAGGUGGUUGCAGGGUAGAGUUGGUGGCAGGCUGCCGUUGAUGGUGGUUAUCGAUGGCAAUGGACGGUCGGGAUGCGCCAGCACGUAAGGUGAUGGUGGUUGUGGACCCAACACGGGAAUCAGCAGCUGCUCUUCAAUACGUCCUCUCACAUGCAGUGAUAGAAAAAGACACCCUAAUUCUAUUCCAUGUUGAACACAACAAUGAAUGGAAAAAUCCCUUUGGUUCAUUUUUCAGAAAACCCUCGGUGCAAUCGGCUGGCUCGGCUAGCACUGUCACCUCCUCGUCGUCCAUGGAAGGUAGCGGAGGAGUUAUCAACUUUCUUGAGGCAAUGAAGCAUGCUUGUGAAAUUGCUCAUCCAAAGUUAAAGAUUCUUGUAGAGAAGACAGACAUGGUGGAUGGGAAAGACAAGGCUUCCCUUAUUCUUGCCCAAACCAUAGCCCAAAAAAUUGAUCUUCUUGUUAUUGGGCAGCGGAGGAGUCUAUCUAAUGCAAUAUUAGGGCAUAAAAGAGGAUCACUAAGAGGGCUGGAUACAGCAGAAUAUUUGAUUGAGAACAGCAAAUGCACCUGUGUUGCAGUGCAGAAGAAGGGUCAAAAUGCCGGAUAUCUUCUUAACACUAAAACACACAGAAACUUCUGGCUCUUAGCGUAGGCACCACCACAUGGAUCAUAUCAACCUGUUCCAUUUGUAAAUCGCUCAUUUCUUACCCUCUUUGCAGUUCUUUUUUUGUUAGAAAAAAUACAAUAAGGAAAUUA